AUGGCGUUCUCCGGGAUACAGGCUGAUGCAGACGACCUUGAAGCCGCCAAAGCUAUCCUUCGAGGCCUCAAAGCGCGGCACGGCAAGACGGGCGGAGUUCCCUCUCUUAUCCAUACGUCAGGGACAGGUGUACUCAUCGAUGACGCAAGGGGCAUGUAUGCGUCUGACACGAUCUAUAGCGACCUGGAUAUCGCCACCCUUGCAUCUAUCCCCCGCACGCAACCUCACAGGGAAGUGGACCUGGCAGUCAUAGAUGCGGACAAUGAAGGUUAUGUCAAGACGUAUAUCAUCCUUCCCAGCACUAUAUACGGCAGGGCAACGGGUCCAUUGGUAGACGCUGGGCUACAGAAUCCACGCUCUCAACAAAUACCGCAGUUAGUCGAUGCUGCACUGGCUCGAGGGCGCGCAGGGGUCCUUGGGAAGGGCGCUAACAUCUGGUCAAAUGUCCACAUCGCUGAUCUUGCCUCUUUGUACAUCCUCCUUGUUGACUACAUGCUACCGGACGAUGGACUGCCUGAAGUUCAUCGAGAAACGGAGGGCCCAAGCCCCCCACGCAAUACCCGUUCCCGCUCAGGUACUCCAACCCGUGCGCUUUCCCGCCCACGCACCCCAGUUGUCGCCGACACAUCAUACUUCAAGCAUGGGUCCGAAGGGUAUUAUUUUGCCGAAGGGGGCGAGCACAACUGGCUCUCCGUGUCUGAUGCCAUCGGCAGAGCCAUGGUCGAUCUUGGCAAGGCAACUGAGCCCACGCCCACCGCAUUCACGGAUGAUGAAAAACAUCGAUUCUUCAAUAACAACGCAAAGUUCUUGGAUUCGAAUUCGAGGUGUAGAGCGGAUAGAGCACGACGUCUGGGGUGGAAGCCGAAGAAAACGACAAAGGAUCUACUUGCCAGUGUGAAGCAAGAAGUAAAGGGAGGACAUAUAUAG